AUGUUGCUCUAUGCCCAUGAAAACAAACAAUACAAAGUCGCCUGGAGUAGCUCACUUCCAUCUGCCGUUAAACUCUUCAUUUCCCCAACACCAGUGACAUUUCCCACUUCCCACCUCGCACGUCCCCCAUCGGCCCCAAAUCCCCAAACCUCCGACAUCUCAAACAUUUUCCCGCAAACACCCAACGUCAUCUUCGACAUCCCGCCCAGCACAUCCUCCAAAUCCCACACAAACACAUACACACACAUCAUGUUCGGCGCACCACCACAGCCUUCAAAGCGCGAGCUCGAAGCCGCCGAGGCGCAGACGUUGACGGACAUCAAGUGGACGGCUGCGAGUGUUGUCGUGCUGUACUUUUCGCCACAUCUGGUCGAAUAUGUAUCGAAGCUGUUUUAGACGGUGACGCAGAUGAACGACUCGGCUAUGUGCGACGAUCGAGACAACCUGAAGGAUUCGGUCAUGGCGAUACUCGGGCUGUAGGAGCGGAUCAUUGUAUGAUUAGGCGAGGCACAUGGGGAGAGGAAGCGAAUGUAACAACAUGGAAGAUACACCACUGGACAUGAAGCAAUGACAAAAUGGAUUCAAAGGCA